CACUGCUUUUGUUAGGUAUAUCGAUAGCCGCUUUCGGAGUCGAUAACAUUGUCGAUAACAGCAAUAAAAUUUUGUAGCACAAGCCGUUCAGAGAUUCGUCUCCUUCGUGAAAAAUGGCGCUACUUGCGAGGAAGGUCUGCAAGGUUCUGGCUCAGGCUGCCCCAAAAGGCCCAGUAGCCAGAACAUUCCAUCUGGGAGUUGUACAUCAGCAGGACGUAGGUGUGCAAAAAGAAUCAAAAACAAAAUGUACGCUUAUUCCCGGAGAUGGAGUCGGACCAGAACUUGUCUAUUCUGUUCAAGAAGUUUUCAAAGCUGCAAAUGUGCCCAUUGAAUUUGAAACGUUCUUUUUGUCCGAAGUCAACCCAACAUUGAGUGCUCCUCUUGAACGAGUCUCUGGUAGUAUUGCUAAGAAUCGUGUUUGUUUAAAGGGUAUUUUGGCAACGCCAGAUCACUCUCAUACUGGAGAGUUACAAACUUUGAAUAUGAAACUUAGGCGCAGCUUAGACCUGUAUUCUAAUGUUGUACACGUGAAGUCUUUGCCCGGUAUUAAAUCUCGUCAUCAAAACGUGGACUGUGUUAUAAUAAGAGAACAAACUGAAGGUGAGUAUUCUGCAUUGGAACACGAAAGUGUCAAAGGAGUUGUUGAGUGUCUGAAGAUCGUCACUGCCACGAAAUCUCAGAGGAUUGCUAAAUUUGCGUUUGACUAUGCAACCAGAAAUAAUCGCAAGAAGGUUACGUGUGUACACAAAGCUAAUAUUAUGAAGCUUGGUGAUGGGCUCUUCUUGCGAUCAUGUGAAGAGAUAGCUAAACUGUACCCAAGAAUUCAAUUUGAAAAGAUGAUUGUUGAUAAUUGUACAAUGCAAAUGGUGUCCAACCCACGACAGUUUGACGUUAUGGUUACACCUAAUUUGUACGGUAAUAUCGUUGAUAAUUUGGCAUCCGGAUUGGUUGGUGGUGCUGGAGUUGUUGCUGGCGCCAGCUUCAGUGCGGAGUGUGUUGUUUUCGAACCUGGUGCGCGUCACACGUAUUCAGAGGCUGUGGGUAAAAAUGUGGCAAAUCCCACUGCCAUGCUUUUAUGUUCUGUCAAACUUCUAAAUCACGUUAAUUUACGAACUUAUGCAGAACAGAUCAGAGACGCUAUUAAUCGUGUAUUGAACGAUGGAAAAGUCCGCACCAAGGACUUGGGUGGACAAAGUUCUGCAACUGAUUUCACAAAGGCGAUUAUUUACAGCCUCCGUUAGUUUGAUAUUAAAUUUUGUUUAAUAUUACUGGACAACCUAGACCUCGCAGCACUUUACACGCAUUUAAAGCUGCAAAAAGAUAUUGCAAGUUUGAUAUUGAUCGAAUAUUAAUGACAUAGUUUGUGCAUAGCAUAAAUAUUCUCGCUUAUAUGUGUAACUUGUGCUCAUUAUUCAAUAAAUUAUCUCACUUUGUAAAGUAUUAUUGUAAUAUUAGAAAGGAAUGUUGAUAAGUCUAGGUUGAUUAUCAAUAUGCAAUAUUUGUAUAUAACUAUCAACUGAUUAUGUGAUAUUCGGUCAAAAACAUAGAUCUUUGACUUGAAAUAUUCAUGAGACAGAGAAUGCAUGAUCAAGAUCUUUGCUUCUAUAGUGCAUUAUUCAAUUAAUACAGUAUUGUCGAUUACCUUGUGAAUAAUACUAGGAAAACCAGAAGCGAUGGAGUAGUAAUUUUGUCAAUAGGUAAAUAAUUGGUAUAGUCCAAUUUUAGAUGAACACUGUUAAUAUACGUGAAUUGUACAAAUAAUAAAUUAUUGUAUAUCCGAUUUAAA